AUGUCUCUAAAAUCAAAUAUCAGCACUGUGGAUUUAGCUAACCUCAUAAACGCGCAUUUAGGUUCGGAAUAUCUAAAAGAACAACCCUCGUGGCAGGUGUUCGAUUCUCCUAUUUCUGGUCGAGGUAUUUUUGCUAGCAGAGAUAUAGCUCCGGGUGAAGUUAUUUUAAAAGAUCGCGCCCUGGUCGUUGGACCCAGAGGCACUUUGGAUACGUCCAAUUCCAAAACUUCAUGUGUUGUGUGUUAUCGCCAAUUAGAAGUUAUGUGUAAAAAUGGUUGUGGUCUACCCAUAUGCUCUGAGUGUUCCCAGGGAAAUCGUCAUGCCACCGAAUGUGAAUUAUUUCGGCGAUGGAAACCCAAAGAUGCAACCAAAAUCAAUUCCCAUAUCCUGCGUUUAGUAUCAAUUGUUCGCUGUUUCUUUUUGAAUGAUCUGCAGCGUAAACUAUUCCUCUCCCUGCAACCCCAUUCCGAUAAAUAUUAUAUGCUGGAGUUACAAAAGGCGACUGCCUGUUUUGAACACUUCCCCAAAGAUCGUGAAAUGUUGGAAUAUUUCUAUCAUAGUAUUUGUGUUUUCAAUACAAAUGCCUUUGAUGGUGGCAGUCAAAAGGGUUUUGAGAAUGAGGGUCGCGUCAGAGCCUUAUUUCCGUUGGCUGCCAUGUUGAAUCAUCAAUGCCGUCCAAAUGCUGAACAUCAUUUUGAAAAUCCGGAGACGAUUGUCGUCACUGCCGUCCGCCCUAUUAAGCAGGGCGAGGAAAUUGUAACGUCUUAUACGAAAUUGUUGUGGAGUACAAUGACACGGAAAAUGUUCUUGAAAAUGACGAAACAUUUUGAGUGCUGCUGUGAGAGGUGCUUGGAUCCAACGGAGAGACAACCAGUGACAUACAAAAAAGGAUUUGUAUCGAAUUUCAUCCAAUUCGGAUCAUAA